UAUACAGAAGUAGCAAAACAAACAAUAUCUAUGAAUGGUAGAGUAGUAAACAAUAGUUGUUAUGCAAGAUACUAUUACUCAGAACGACAAUACAAAUAUGAUUUAGCACGUUUAAAAUGAAGUGACGCAAUUUCCUUAUAACACACAUACGAAUGAUCCAUUUAAAGAAAUGUGUAAAUUAUCGUGAACAAGAAGAUACGACAUUUGUGCUAAUUUGCCUACAAUAUAUAUAGCAGUAACUUCUCCUGAUACAUUUAUUUGUUCUCUUAUAGCCGUAUUGUUAUCAGUAUUAAAAUUUCCAUCAUUAUCAAAAAUGUAUUUCAAAGUUGCUUUAGUAUUAUCGUUAGUAUAUUUAACUUCAGUGGAAUCCAAUGAUAUAAUGCUAGGAUUUGCAACACCGUAUUCGAAGAAAAUCUACAGUGCUAUUAAGACUGCGAACCCAGCUUUAUGGCAGAGGGAAGACGAUGUGCUGAUCAGUACGCCAAACCACGAGCUGAUAGAUGCAGUGUACAUCACAGAUCUGCGGCCAGAGAAGGAUGGCAUAUCUUAUAUAGAAGCUGGUGGAAUCGGGAGUAAAACUGUUACCAUUGCAUUGAAAAGUCCAUCAAUUUUGCGAGGGUACAAGUUUGCUAUUGAAGUUUAUGCUCAGAGUUUGCACCACGGGUAUGGAACUAAUAUUUUGCCGGUCCAAGGAGCUGGGUAUCCGAGAGCUGGUUUGAGUGGAUAUGGGAGCCAGUAUCCUGGAUAUCCUACUGCGUAUUCUGGUGUUGGGGUGUAUCCACAACAUAAUUAUGGCAAAAAGUGAAAAGUAAAGAAUAGUGAUGUUUGUCUUAAGUGUGCAUCGAAGUGUAAAUAUUUUGUGUGAUGCGUCAUAUUUUAGUUUAAAACGAUUUCAUAAUAUUGUUUUUGUUUUAAUGGAACACUGUUCUAUGUUUUCGAAUUCGACCUUCAAAGACACUCGUGUUUAAAAAUGUAAUUAUGAUUAAAACAUAAUUUUGUAAACAAAA